AUGGUCAUAAGUGGCCCGCGAGGUGCCAAGAGAUUUUUCAACUCGAGCUACUAUAACUCUUCUGGCGUCCACCAUGAAGUACCAACUGAGCUUCCUCUUGGCUCUCCUAGCAGCUCUACCCAGGCCUUAGUGGUCAGUCCAAAGGCCACAACGGAGACUGCUCCAGCUACUGUUCGCUUGGGACGUAGCCGGUCCCCUCUCGACCCUCUCCUCUUGGAGGUAGAAGCCUUUGGUGAGGUGCACAAACUGAGUCUCACCUCAGCCCCUUCGCCUCUCAGUGUCGACUUCAAACUUCAGACGGCAGCUGUUGAUGAAGAUGGAGUUUUCACUGUUGUAGAUAUUAAGGAAGAAGAUGAAGAAAGCGUCUCCGACCUUUAUCAUGAUACUGAUACUGGAUCUGUUGUAUUAGUUGAUGGUGAUAAAGUAGAAGGAUUCAUAACACCAACUCUCUCUUUACACAUUGAAGCUGAUGGAACUCAUACAGCCAUCAGGCAAUAUUCACCAAUUCCUGAACAAAUGACCCAUGACUAUGUCCAAGUACCAGAAGGAGUUCUCAAAGGUCAGGUUUCCUCUAAAAAUACCAAUAGAGAAAUAGUCAGUGUUAAUCCUGAGAUCUAUGUUGUCGUAGAUAGCGCAUUGGCCUCUAAAUUUAAAUCUAAUACAAGGGUAAGGCAGUAUUUGUCAGUAUUUUGGAAUGCGGUCAACCAAAGAUUUGCCACAUUCGCAGACCCUUCAAUUAACUUGGUUCUUGCUGGUGCCUUGAUACUUAGGCGUUCACAAUACGAAACUUUCAUCAAUGACAACAUUCUGAUGGGCGAUUACAUCCAUGGAGAAAACACUCUAGGUUCCUUCAGUGACUGGUUGUUCACAAAGAAUACCAAGUUCCCCAAUUAUGACCUGGCCUACUUAAUGACAGGAAAAGAUAUGGCUGAUGUUGAAAACAGUGUCAUUCAGGGAGGAUUAGCUGGUAUUGCAUGGAGAGGAGCAGCCUGUGUGGUGAGUACUUACAACAAAAGGAAUUUCAAGGCAGCCAUGGGUGAAGACCAGGAAGCAAACUAUGUGGGUGUCAUGACAGCUGCUCAUGAGGUUGCCCAUAAUCUCGGUUCUCCUCAUGAUGGGUCGGAUGGAGCUGAGGCUUGUUCAUGGGAUGAUGGCUACAUCAUGAGCUAUGUGUCUGGAAGUCCCAAUAAAGUCUUCUUCUCUUCUUGCUCACAACAACUCAUGAAGGACUACAUGUUGACGACUGAUGGUGAGUGCCUGUCGAGCCUUGCAGUAGGAAGCAACAUCGCUCUUUCCUCUCAGUUACCUGGAGACCUGAUCACUAUGGACCAACAGUGUCAGAAAACCACAGGUAAAAGUGAUGCUUAUGCCUCAAAGUCUGCUGAUGAAGAUUCGCUUUGUGUGCAGCUGGAAUGUCAGUGGCAAGUGAAGGAAGGCAACAGAAUCUGGACCUACACACAGUCCAGUGGAAGACCUGCUGCAGAAGGAUCCGCCUGCAGGAGUGGUGGAAAGUGUAUCAAUGGCUCUUGCCAGUAA